AUGCGUGUGCUCUCCAAUGCUGCUAUGCACCAAAACCAAAACCAAAGCCUCAUGAAUGGGAAGAUGGUGAACAAGAGAAAAAGAUGGGAGGGUACUGAAGGAGGGGAAAAGAAGAGAGAAGAAGGGAACAUUGAAUGGGAAAAACUAAGGGAAGAGGCUGCAUCAAUGACUGCUGCUAUACUUGGAGCUAGAAGAGCCAAGAAACGUUACAUUGGUGUGCGCCAAAGGCCCUCAGGAAGAUGGGUGGCUGAAAUCAAAGACACCAUUCAGAACAUUAGACUUUGGUUAGGCACUUAUGACACUGCUGAAGAUGCUGCUAGAGCUUAUGAUGAGGCAGCACGUUUGCUUCGUGGUCCCAACACUCGCACAAACUUCUUUCCUUCACAGUCUUCUCCUUCUGUUCCUGCUCUUCCUCCAAAGAUUGCUAAACUCCUUCUUAUUAGGCUCAAAGCUAGAAACAUGACCUCUCCAUGCAUGGUUACCACUCCUUUUCCUAGUAACCAUUAUGAGCAACAAACCAAACCCGAAGUAGAACCAGAAAAUUUUUAUCACCAAAGAGAAGAACCUCAUAAUGAGAAUAUUUUAGAUAUGGUUGGACAUGGGAUUGUUGGAGAAAGUUAUUAUGGUGCUACUAGUUAUAGUUCUUCUUCCAUAACUACUUGUGACUAUAUUUGUGGUGCUAAUGAAGCAAAUUCUAUCCAAGAGGGUGGCAGGGAGGAUUUUGGAUUCGGGUAUGAUUGUGCUAACAAUGUUUAUGAUGGAAACAACCAGAUUGUGAGUGGUAAGGGAGAGUUUGAAGACUGUGAUUUUGGCAUCACUGAUUUUCAGUUUUUGGACACUGGUGGAUCAUUGAGUUACUCUUUUUCUCCAUUUGAGAUAGCAGAAGAGAUGGUGGGACCGUUAGCGGAAGAGAAAUAUGAUUUUGAUGACUCACAGUUAGGUAGAGAAACUUUCAGGAUGAAGUAUGAAAGAAAAUUCUCAGCUUGUCUUUACACCUUAAUUGGGGUGUCUGAGUGUUUGAGGCUACAAGAUGGACCAGAAAAUGGAAAGGAAUUGGAGAAUUUUUGA